ACAACAACACCCAUUGAUCAAAUCAUUCCGAUCGAGUGAUUAUCWYKCAGUAUUUUGAUUCAUUCUUGAUUUUAGUGCACUAAUCUUGGUUAACUUAAAUUCUUGAUUGUCGUGAAAUGUCUUAAGUGAUUUUGGACAAAUUUGUAGUGUAUUUGAUGRUUUWAUAGCAUAAAACGAGUCAUUUAGAUUUACGCCUGCUUGAAACGAAAUCCAGAUCACACGARUGCAGCGRMYCKUCAGUUAGACACUGGAAUUCAUGGCCACUGAAAGAAAAGGAAAAUACGACCCUAUUGAAAUGCAGAGUCCAACAACUCCAUCAGAACAGUUGCCACCAGUUGUGCCGAAAGAAGAGGAACUUGAGGAUGAUUUUGAUAGAGACUUUUGGGUUCAUGUGCGUAAAAUGUUUAACUCAGAAAAGGAAAAGAGUAUUUCAUGGUCCAACGCCAUGGAUAGAGUACGAGUAGCUCGGCUUGUCAAGAAAUACAAGGACAACGGAAGUAAACCAGAUCAAGAUCCUUUACUAAUUCUUGUCAAGAUAUGGCCACAAGCGAGUAAAUAUCAAGGCAAAGCUGACCUUGUUGAACCUUUGAUUCAAAGAUUUGCCCAAAUUCUUUUGGAAGAUGACAAAGACAUGAAUAAGAAGAACAAAUACGAGACUUUUAGAGAUGAAAGUGAAAAAACCAAGAAGACACUUCUACACUAUGCAGCAGAAAGGAACUUCUACCACUUAGCUCGCACCCUGAUAGAAUACUGUCCUGGUCUUCUGGCACUCAAGACUGCAGCAAUUGUAUCUGAGAAGAAGCGUGAACUUCUACCUGUGGAAAUUGCAUUGGACAAGGAAAACGAUGAAGCUGCAGCUGUUAUGCUCAGGCAUAUGAGUCAUGAAAGAGUUCAAAGUAUGUUUUCUUGGAGACCUGACCCAAAUUUGCAGUCACCAAGACCUUCUCAAAUGAGUUUUCACAAGAUUUUAUCGAACCCCAAAAUGAAGAAAUCAACUAUUGCUAUUCUUGAUUGUAUGGUUAAUCCUCAUUGGCCGUAUCUUCCUGACAAAAAGAGCGACUACCUCUCCAUAGAAGAAGAGCAAGGCAUCGAAUGCGCCUGGGCCACAGUACCGGAGGACCCUCUGGAUUACCACUUCUUUUACCACGUCCUUGAUAGUGAUGAUUGUGGCAGACCCCCUAAGAUAAAGGACACAACAACCAAUAAAUUGGUCCCUAAUCCUUUCUUCAAUAAGAAAGCUCCAUCGUGUUUAAAUAUCAUCGCUAAUAGUGAUAAUAUAGAUGCUGUCCACCAUCCAGUUGUCAGGAUGCUGAUACGAUUGAAGUGGAAUGCUUUUGGACAGACAUUGCUAUCAAUUCGUGGCAUUACAUAUGUGUUUUUUCUCUUGGUGCUCUCCUUUGCAUUGCUCCAAGGAUCAACAAGUGUUGAUCUCAAUGAAUACCGCGAGCCCUGGGACAGAGUGAGGGCGAUAGCCGAGUUUGCUACUUUUGCGAUGGUUUGUUUUUACAUAUUUGAAGAAAUCAACCAGUUUGCAAGAGAGAAACGCAUGUACCUAAAGGAUAAGUACAAUCUCUCUGACUGGAUUGGCUUGUUGUUACUACUCGCUAUCAUCCCUUUACGAGCCAUCAACCACGACUCACAGUGGCAUGUUGGUUCAGUUGGAUAUCUCGUCAACUUCUUAAGGAUUUUUAAGUUUUCCUGUGUUAACAAGACUGCUGGGUUGUACACAAACACUCUGUUUAGGAUUGUGGUCAAUGAUAUUCCGCGUUUUUUGUGCACAUUUGCGGUGAUAUUCUUUUCCUUUUGUGGUGCGCUGUUCCUUUCUCUGCGCGCUUCAAGCAGUCAAAGUCUUCUAGGCGGUUUUGAACAAGUUCUGUUAAGUGGAAUUAGAGUAUUGGCUGAGGCGCAACCUGUGGCUGAAGAGUACAAAGGAUACAAUUGGUUGUCAAUUCUAUUACUACUGACCUACAUGGGAACUGUGAUUGUCAUUAUGCUCAACAUCCUCAUCGCACAAUUGAGUACAACUUACGCACAGGCAAAGUACAACGCAAAGCUGCAAUAUGAUGUAGAUCGUAUGCUUCUACUUGCGAGAAUGGAGAACUACCCGUUUUUGAAUCUACGUGUCAAGCACUACAAAGAUGGUGAUUGGAUAAGCGAACUGAAUCUUGCCAAAGAAUUAUUAGAGUUCACCGAGGAACGUCAUUCACUUGAAACCAUCGAACAAAAGCUGAACUCGCUGAGAGAUUUGAUGAGGAAGAUCGUGAAAACCAUGAAACCUGUKGCAGUAAAGGAACAGUGACCAAACUGUACAGCGGUAAUACACCACAGAAUCUGAACCGGUUGUUGCUACUARCCAGYGGUUAGUCAGAUAAGAGAAAUGCAUGUUGCAUCAGUAAAAAUAAUAGUAAGAGACUUUUUAGUUUUCAYAGCUUUUUUAAAAGCAUUGCCAUUGUAAAACAAUAAUGCAAUAAAGGGAAAAGGGAAAUUUAAUAAAAAAGCCUUUAUUCGACAUAAAA